ACUAGUACUAGCAAUAAUGCUUACAUAUAUACCCUCAUGAAAGAGGGCAAGACAACCCCAUCUUCUUCCUCCACUCGUUCUUUCUCUUUUCUGGGUCCUCUGAAAUCGCCAUCUCUUCCCCUCCCAUGGCCUCCACAUCCAGAUUCUCCUACCAGAGGCUUAUUCAUGAAGGUGGGUUUGUUGUUGAUGAUGAUGAUGAUCAGAUUAGAGAGAGAGUGAUUGGGAAGGCAAAAAGUUGGUCCAGAGUCAGAAGCAAGGUGUGCAUAAGGAGGAGACUCAGGGUUAGGAUUCCUGGCUUGAAGAGAUUCUUCAGGAGGAAAGCUAGGGUUAUUUCGGUAAAUUGGGCUAAGGUUUUGCAGAGAUUGAAGGAAAGCCAGGCCCAUUUCGGGGAUUUAUUUGCUGGGAAUUAUCUGUUUAUGCAGGUCACCCCUACCCCAUUCAAAUAUCACGACAAAUCUUUGAAGGGUACUCAUGAUUUCCAUAGGUACUCUAUUCCAAGGAUUUCUCAGUAAAGUCCUGGUUCAAACUUAUGAGUUUUUCUUGAUUGUGUUCUUGGCUGUGUUAAGAUCCUGAAUUUCAAUAAACUUAUGAAAGGAAAAGAACAAAAGAUAAGAUCAUAGAGUGGAGAAGUUCUUCGAUUUUCUUGUUGACUUCUUUUCUCUGCAUAAAUCGAUAAUUCUAUUAUCCAAACAUGGCCUCAGGUUGAGAAUAAGCUGGUAUUUAUAUGUAAUUCAUGCAAUUGUAUUUGAUGGUUUAAGUGUGUAUGUGUAGGGAGCUAUGAAACAAUCUAGUGGUUUGUUGUAAGCCAUCAAAGAAACUUGCUCCUCUGUAAUCCUUGUACUAUGUGAGAUUGUGGCGGUUGUCUUUAAUUACCAUAGGAAAUUUCAAAUUUGUAAAUGACAUCAAGUGCUUUCUAAUUGAUAAAUCCAUGGGUGAGUUGGGAGUCA